CCUCACUCAAAUACUCAAUUCCCUCCGAGGCCUUUGAUUUCCAUCCUCUCCUCCUCCUCCUCCUCCUCCUCCUCCAACCCGCUCUACUCCUCUCCUCUGCUCGGUCUCUUCUUUGACCUCGCAGAAUUGAGCUUGAGUCCUGCUCGGUCCCCUCUCUCCUCUCCUCUCCCGCUCUUCCCUCCCGGCCUACUGGUUCCUGACGUCGACUCACCCUAAUCUCUUCCUGUCUUAUCCCGCUUAUCAGUCGCACUCGUCCUCAUGGACGCUCUGCAGUGCCCCUCCCCCAUCUGGGUCGUCGACGACUUCAAUCAAUGUUUUAGACAAAAAUACUUCCAAAUCCUCUUCCCUCUAGCCGCCGUAGCUCUCUCCGCUGCCUUCCUCUUCUCCGACACCAUCUGGACCUGGUGGGAUAAAAGCAGCCGGCCCGGCGCCUACCAGACCGUCGACGACGACGAUCGUCACAAUCCCUUCUACAGAUCCGACGAAGGUCCCGACUCUGCUCUUCUCGAAGACGACGAGGACGCAGAGGAUUACCAGAUCUACCGACUCGCGACCGCGGACCCGAGUCGCAUCAACUACAACGACGUCGACGGCGACGAGCCGAACCAUGAUUUCAUCGCCGACGAAGAUGAUCACAAGGUCAUGAUUGUCAACCCUCGCGGCAGCGGUCUGCGCAUCGCAUCCGAGGAAUUCGUUCUUUUCUGUGAAAUCUCCCUUCAUAUCCUCGCCAUCGCCAGUCUCUUGUGGUACCGCCCCGCUCGUGAGGAUUGGGAGCAUUACGGCCUUCGUGCGCUUAUCGGCAGUCUUUUCUGGGUCUACACGCUUUUCCUCGUAAACCUCCGUUUGUCCAAGUCGGUUGAUUUCGUCCCCUCGCAUAUCUGGGCCCACAUCAUCUUUCUGUACAUCUACGCCUGGACCGAGGCCGCCUUCACCUUCCGAUCCGCCGUAAUCCACCCGAGCAACUGGAUCAUCGACUACUCCUCUGCCAUUGACUUCAUCCUCACCACCAUCUUGCUCAUCUUUGGUCUCAACAUGAACACCUCCAGCAAGCCGAUCGUCAUCGAGUCCAGACAUGGCUACGAUCCCAACCUCGAGCCGCUCGCGUCGAUCGCGUCAAAGAUGUCGUUCGAGUGGGUCGGUCCGAUUAUCUGGAAGGGAUACAACAAGAUCUUGACGAUCGAGGAUGUCUGGGAUUUGCGCGAGGGCGAUCGCUCGACCAACAUCUUGAAGGGUUUCCGUAAGGAGCUGAAAACCGCUUCGUUCGUCAUCAGUCUGCUGCGCUACUUCAAGUACGAGCUCAUCCUUGCCGUCAGCUGGUCGUGCUUCCACUCGCUCUUUGCUUUCGUCCCGAGUAUCGUCGUGCGCGUCAUUCUCGAAUACGUCGAGGAUCCCGAGGCCACCCCUCGCAACGUCGCCUGGCUCUACAUCUUCCUCCUUCUUCUUUCCUCUUUCUUGAACGCGAUGGGUAACGGCCAGGCGCUCUGGAACGGCCGCCAGAUCUGUAUCCGCAUCCGUGCUAUCGUUAUCGGUGAGUUGUACGCCAAGGCACUCAGACGCAAGGCUGGUGCAAUCACCUCGGAGAAGAACGAGGAUGGUACGACUUCUGAGGAGACCGAGGAGACCGAUAUCGGUGGUAUCAUCAACUUGAUGGCUGUCGAUGCCUUCAAGGUCGGCGAGGUCGUCGCCUACCUUCACUUCUUGACCGGCGGCAUUGUCAUGAUCUUCCUUUCUCUGGCUUUGCUCUACCGGACUUUGGGCGUCAGUGCUAUCGCUGGUGCAGCCAUGCUGAUCUCUCUUCUGCCGGUCCACCUGUGGAUCUCCAAGAUCUUUGGCGAGGCUCAGGCCGAUCUCAUGAAGAUGACCGACAAGCGCGUGCACAAGACCAACGAGGUUCUCAACAGUAUCAAGAUUAUCAAGUACUUUGCCUGGGAAGCCCGUUUCUACGACACCGUCAACGAAGCCCGCAAGGACGAGAUGAAGAUGCUUUACAGGCGUUUCCUCAUCUGGGCUGGUUCGUCCAUCGUCUGGUACGGCGCUCCUAUCCUCAUCACCCUCGUCACCUUUGGCUUCUACACCCUUGUUCUCGGACACUCCAUGUCGACCCCCAUCGCAUUCAGUGCUCUUGCUCUCUUCAACCUCAUGCGCAUCCCUCUCGACCAGCUCGCAGAGAUGUUUACAAACAUGCUCCAGUCCAAGACCUCGAUCGAGCGCAUCAGCGAGUUCUUGCAAGAAGCCGAGACCGACAAGUACGACCAACUCAAGAGCAAGCCGAACGGCACCGCCUCCUUUAUCGGCUUUGAAAACGCGACUUUUUCGUGGGGCAACGCCGCGAACGCGCACGAGUUCAAGCUCGAGAACUUGAACAUCAGCUUUGAGAUGGGCAAGCUCAACUUGGUUAUCGGACCUACCGGAUCCGGCAAGACGUCGCUCUUGAUGGCUUUGCUCGGAGAGAUGAAGCUGCUUAGUGGAAACGUCUUCUUGCCUGGUGUUACUAAGUUUGGUGACGAGGCUGCUGUCGAUCGUGAGACUGGAUUGUCCGAGUCGGUUGCCUACUGUGCUCAGCAAGCGUGGCUUCUGAACGACACUGUCAGGAACAACAUUACAUUCGGCAACGAGUUCCACGAGAGCCGCUACACUGCCGUCGUCGAGGCCUGCGGACUCAAGCGUGACUUUGAGAUCCUCGAAGGCGGCGACGAGACCGAGGUCGGUGAGCGCGGUAUCGCUCUGUCCGGCGGACAGAAGCAGCGUAUCUCGCUCGCUCGCGCGCUCUACUCGCCCGCCAAGCAUCUCCUUCUCGACGACUGUCUUAGUGCCGUCGACUCCCACACCGCCGUCUGGAUUUACGAGAACUGUAUCACCGGUCCCAUGAUGGUCGGUCGUACCGUCAUCCUGGUCUCCCACAACGUCGCGCUGACUCUUUCCGGAGCAAGCCACGUCAUCUGUCUCGAGAAGGGCUCUGUCGUCAUGCAGGGCGGUCCCCAAGAGAUCGUCGACUCUGGCCUCCUAGGCGACGACGAGCUCAUCCGCGCAUCUGCCAGCAAAGCCGGCUCGCGCUCCGUCUCGCGCUCGCAGUCCGUCGCGGACCUGAAGAAGCAGGUCGAUAUCGCGGCCGCGGUCGAGGUCGAGGCUGAGGUUGAAGCCGAGGCGGUUGUGGCGAAUAUGGAGGGCGCGGGCGUGCCUGUGCCUGGUAAGGAUAAGAAGAAGUAUAAGCUUGUGCUGGCGGAGUCGCAGCAGACUGGUACGGUCAAGUGGUCUGUGUACUUUAUUUACUUGAAGGCGCUUGGAAACUACAAGUUCUGGCUUAUUACCGCCGCUGCUUUUGCUGUGUUUCAAUAUCUCAACGUCGGUCAGUCGUGGUGGAUUCGCGUUUGGGCGGCAAAUAUGCCAUCUCCCGAAGCUGUCGGUGCCGGUAUCCAAUCCGUGGCCAAGAACGGAAUCAACAUCCCAGUCAUGACGCUGAUGUCUGCCGGUGCAAACAAGGCAGCCAGCGUUCGCGACCAGGUCGUUUCCUUCCGCGAGAUGGCCAUCACCGACAUUGGCGGCCGGUCCACAAAGUUCUACCUGGGCGUGUACGGCCUGUACACGAUUGCGUACCUGAUCAUGUGCUUUCUUCGCGAGGCGAUUGUCUUUGUGGGAUCGCUGCAUGCGUCGAAGCAUUUGUUUGAGAAAUUGCUUAUGCGGAUCAUGCGUGCUAAGCCGCGCUUCUUUGACGCUACGCCGAUCGGUCGUAUUAUGAAUCGAUUCUCAAAGGAUAUGGAAAUCACCGAUCAGGAAAUCGCGCCCGUGUUUGUCAGUUUGGCGCACGCUGUGCUUAACAUUGCUGUCAUCGUCGUAAUCGUCUCGCUGAUCAUGCCGAUGUUUUUGUUUGGUGCUCUGUUCAUCGGCCUGCUCUUCUACCUCAUUGUCACUUUCUUCUUGGCUCCGUCUCGCGAGCUCAAGCGUAUGGAUGCCGUCACUCGCUCGCCCAUCUACCAGCACUUUGGCGAGACUCUAACCGGAGUCACGACGAUCCGCGCGUACGGCUACGAAGACAGAUUCCUGAAGGAGAACGAGGAACGCAUCGACAACAACAACCGCCCGUUCUGGUCCGUGUGGGCGUGCAACCGAUGGAUGAGUUUCCGCGUCGAUGUCGCGGGCAGUCUUGUGUCGUUUAUCGCGGGAAUCUUUGUUGUCUUGUCGGUCGGGAAGAUCGAUAGCGGGCUGGCGGGUUUGUCGCUCACGUACGCGGUCAUGUUCACAGACAGUCUGUUGUGGUUUGUCUGGCUUUACGCCAUGAACGAGAUGAACAUGAACUCUGUCGAGCGCAUUGACGAGUACAUGUACAUCGACCAGGAACCGGCAGAGAUCAACCCCGACUACAGACCUCCGGCCGGCUGGCCAAGCAAGGGUGCCAUCAGCGUCAAGAACCUCUCUCUCCGCUACGCUCCCGGCCUGCCAAAGGUCAUCAAGGACGUCACCUUCGAGGUCAAGCCGACCAACAAGAUCGGCAUUGUCGGCCGCACCGGAGCAGGCAAGUCCACUAUCGCGUCGGCGUUCUUCCGCUUCCUGGAAGCCGAGACCGGUGGUAUCGUCAUUGACGGAAUCGACAUCGCCAAACUCGGUCUGUACGAUCUCCGGUCGUCGAUCACAAUCAUUCCGCAGGACCCGACGCUCUUCAGCGGGACCAUCCGUUCGAACCUGGACCCGUUCGACGCGUACAGCGACGAGGACGUGUUCCGAUCCCUGCUGCGUGUGCAUCUGAUCGACGCGAUCCCGACCGUCGGCGACGCGUCCUCGCUGAGCGUCACCGAGCGGCACAAGCGGCGCGUGAACCCGUUCUACGACCUCAGCAACCCGGUCACCGAGGGCGGCGGCAACCUGUCGCAGGGCCAGCGGCAGCUGAUGUGUCUUGCGCGCUCGCUUCUGCGCUCGCCAAAGGUGAUCUUGCUCGACGAAGCGACCGCGUCGAUCGACUACAACACCGACGCGCAGAUCCAGGAAACGAUCCGGGAGGAGUUUGCGGAUACGACCAUCAUCACGAUCGCGCACCGACUGCGCUCGAUCAUCGAUUACGAUAUGAUCCUCGUGCUUGACGCGGGUAUGGUGAAGGAGUACGCCAAGCCGCAUACGUUGCUGCAGACGCCGGAUUCGAUCUUCCGAAGCAUGUGCGAGAACAGUGGAGAGUUGGAGCAGCUCGAGGAGUUGGCGGCUAAGGCUUUUGCGGACCAGGCUGCUCGCGACUCGGCUGUGAGCGACUAGUAAGCUCCUUUGCUCGCUGGCGCCUCGAAAAUCCAGCAAGCGGGAGAAAAAAGCAUUCAUCUCACAUCAUUCUCUCUUGUUCUGCUUUGCUUUGUUCCUGCUAUGAUCUGGGCAGCUUGUUAUAUAAUCGUUUGCCGUACUGCCCAGCUUCUUGUUGUCAUAUCUCUGUGUUUUAACUUUUGGCUUCUAUAAAAAUCUAUGUUUUUUGAGUAAUAUUUUGGUACCUGUUGGGUAUAUAUCUGUAUACACUUGACUACAAAAUCAGUGCAUGUCAUCAUUUUUGUUCUAUAAUACAAUACAAGCAAUCUUCUCA